GUUUGCCUGGCUAGCACACGUAGAACCACCAGCUGAGACAGCUCGGGAUUGGCCCGUGCAGGUCUGAGGUCAUCCAUUCCAAGUGGAGUUCUCGAGCUUUCCUCAAAUUCUGAGGACAACUGUCACUCGAGUUCUGUGCGCUUCGUCUACCAGACGUGUCCACGGUUCUCGGGAAGGAGAGCCUCUCUGUCUGAGGAUAUUGCUCAGCUGCUGCUUGUGGAGUAUCACCAUCAGCAAGUACAUUCGCUGCCCCUUGUGAGGGGUCAUUUCCCUUUUUACUUUUCAACUAUCUUAUUGGCUAAAUGGCCAAACCUGUGGAGAGAGGCCAGUGGGCCUCAGCUGGUCCAUCACACUCUGACCAGAGACCACAGAUUUCCCAGCCUCCCCGGCCGGGGACCCCCUUCAGUGGACCCCGUCCUGGGUCCCCCUUCUGGGUCCCCCAAUGGGAUAAUGGCAUCCUAUCCCAACGUGGUAAGUGCUGGCCUCAUAGGCCUGGGACCCCUUUCCGAUGCCCCCGGCCUGGGACCCCGUUCAGUGUCCCCCAAGGGAUUGAUGACAGAGCAUCCCAAUGGGAGACAUACUUGACCAGCACCAAAUUCCCGAGGGACUUUGCACCUCCGGGGGUGCUUCGACUGGCUCGGCACAAGUUCAGGUGCCAAAAGCCUUAUGAGGACAAAACAUUCAAAAUCCGCAACACUGGCACUGCAGAUAGACUGCGGAGUCUUAGAGCUCUGAUAAAGACUAAAUCCAGUAAAAAGACCCUGGACCCCUUAAAGGAGCUGAAAGAGAUCAAGGAAGGACAAGAUCCACUUCCUCCAGAGGUUCCUGGCUGCAGGAGUAACCCACUGAGCAGGGAACCCAGACCAUCUGUAUUACCUCCUGCCACCAGAAAAAGAGUGGCCCCAACUUCUGUGCACAGACCUGGGAAGGUGCAACGAUGCCUGGAUAUGUCUACUGUGUUUGAAGAGCCUAUGGACUUCGACCAUUCGGGCACCAGAGUGUCUGCAACAUCUCCAAGACACUGCGCUGGAGACACCAGUGAAAAUGUCAAUGAGGAUGACACAGAGCCUGGGCCGUCUACUGAUGACUCUUCCACUGACCAACGUGGACUGGUAAUUUCCCCACCAUGUCAAGGUUCCCUGAAUCCAUCUUCCCCUAUUCAAGGAGCUCUGGGAUCUUCCACUUCUUCCCAAGAUGCUCAGGUACUAUCCCUAUCCACGGGAGAGGUUUUGGGAGGAAGCCAAUGUGAUCAAGGGUCUAUGGGGCAUUCCAUAUCUUCCCAGGCAUCCAAGAAACCUCCCCCUUGUGCUGAAAGGAAAAUCAAACAUGUCUCCCUUUCCAGAAGGGGUUUCAAAAGUCCAUCCUCCAGCCAAGGGAUCACCAAUCAUUCUGAUUCUCCACCAAAGAGUUUUCGACAAGCCCCUUCUGAUCAAGGGGACCUAGAGCAGGCCCCAUUAGACAAAGAGAGCUGCAGAUGUUUUUCUCGAAAAGGGGUGUUCACUGAUUUCUCAUUUUCCCAAACUGGACUGAGUCCUACCCCCUCUCCUCAGGGAAGUUUAACACCUAUGACAGCUGCCAAAGAUGAAUGGAGAUCUACACCCUCUCAUGAAGAAAGCCAAGGCUGUUUUCCCUCUCCCCCAAAUGACCCUAAGCCAUCCGUAUCUGCUGAAGUGAGCUUGAGUCCUGUCUCCUCUGACCAAGGGAAUUUUAUAACUUCCCCAUCAAAGCAAGAGGGCUUUAAAUGUCUGCCACCAGAAAGUGGGCUUGAAUCUUCCCUUACAGCACAGGGGGAACCAAGCCCUAUCACUACUCCCCAAGUGAGCCUCACACCACUCAUGCCUACCCAAGCAGAAACAAAACUAUCUACAUCUACAUCAGGGAUUCCAGAACCUUUGCCAUCUUCAGAAGGGGCCCUAGAGAAUUCCACAUAUCUACAAGAGAUGCUAGGAACUCCCAAGUCUACCCAAGUGACCCUUGUUCCUUCUCAACAUACACAGAGUACUCUAGCACACACUUCAACUUCCCUAGGGGUUCUGAGUCCUUCCGUAUCUGUCAAGAGGACUCCAGAAUUGCCUACAUCUAGAGAAAUGGGUCAAAGACCUAUUCUCUCUCACAAAGGGAAAUUCAAACCUAAUCCAGAUAUGAAAAUGGACAAUGGAUAUGUCUACUAUUGCAAAAAGAGAAGGCUAGAUCCUCCUUCUGAGCAAGGUAGAUUUGCAAUAUCCCUAUCAGACCAAAAGGGCUCUAAAUAUACCCUGCCAAUCAAAAAGGCCCUUCUGAUUCGUCAUCGGAAACAAAAAGGACAAAGAUAUGCCAAGAGUGUUCAAAUGAGCCAAGCAUGCUUCACAACUACCCAGGGUGCUAAGACAAUACAGCCUUCCCUUCUUCCUCAGAAGUCUCUAGGACUUUCCACAUGUGUAGGAGAGGCUCGUGAAAUUUCUACAUAUACAGAAGAAUUACCUGGUCAUUUACAACCUGUCCAGCACUUUUUGUGUUCUACCAUAUGUGAUAAAGGGACUGUGGGACAGAAUACAUCUGCAGAUGGGGUUCCAGACUCAUCCCCAUCAUUAGAAAUGGCUCAUGGAUGUGACACAUGUACACAAGAAUUUGUAGCAAAUUUCACAUCGAGAGAAGGGAAUUCUUCAGAUUCUACCUGCCCACAAACACCCACAGGACCUCUCCACUCUUCACAGGAGGCUGUGGAAAUUUCUCCAUCUCCUCAAGGGUAUCAGCAAUCUGUUACAGCUACACAAGAGGCUAUAGGCCAUUCUCCACCUGCACAAAGGGAUGUUAGUCUUUCUACAUGCCCACAAGUGACUCCAGAACAUCCAACCAAUACCCCGAAGGCUCUGAAUUCCACCUUAUCUUCCCAAGGGUCCUUGAAACCUGUUUUGUCUACCUUAUCUUCCCAAGGGUCCUUGGAAGCUGUUUUGUCCACCAAACUGUCUCUAGAACCUAACAUCUCUAUACAAAAGGCUUCAUUACAUUCUUCACCUGAAGAAAGUGUUCCUAAAACUUCCACAUUUACACAAGGAGCUCCAGGAACUUCCUUAGCUGCCCAUGAGGAUUUUAGACCUACUCCACAUGCACAGGAAACUUUAGAGGAUACCACACCUACACAGGUUCUAGAAAUUUCCCCUCAUUCUGAAGCUGUAGUAAAAAUACGCACAUGUACACCUGACACAGUAGCACAUUCCCCUUCUGAGCAAGAGGCCCUAGGAUUUACCAUAUCUCAUGAAAACACUUUACCAUCUUCCCCAUCUGCACAAGAGAGUUUCAUGCAUAGCUCUUCUCAGGAGGGAAAUAUUAAACAUGCUCCCUCUACCCAAGUGGACCCUGGUUGUUCCAUUUCUACCAAAAAGAGGUUGAGAGAUGAUCCUUCUGACGAAGGGGACUUUGGAACUUCCUCAUGUGAGGAAGGAAGUUUCAUACUCCUGCCUUUCUCAAAAAGGGUAUGUGCAUCUUCUACUGCUCUGAAAGAAGCAUCAACCACUACAAGUAUUCCUCAGAUAAGUCCGUCACCUUCUAUAUCUAUCCAAAAGGCCCAGCAAUGUUCCACAUCUGAACAAAAGAUUGUGGAACCUUGCCAUUCUAACCAAGGGCCUCGUGAACAUUACAAAUCUUCCCAAGAGAUUCAAGGGCCUUCUCUUUCUGUCCCAAAGGGUGUAUGUCAUUUACCAUCUGUUCCAGGCCUUCAGGGAUAUUCUCCUUCUCUGUCAAAGUCUCCAGAAAAUUUUACCUAUACCCAAGGGGAUCUGUCCAUUUCUAAAGCUGACGUGGAAGCCUUGAAACCUUCUUUAUCUGCCAAAGGAUUUAAGGGAAAGGCCAAAUGUAAACAAAAACAUCUUGAAUCUUUACCAUUAGCACAAGAGGACCAGUGUGCCCAAUAUGCUUUAGAACAUUUACCACCUAGAGAAGGAGCUCUUAAACAUUAUUCAACCCACCAGAGGACUCAGGAAAGUUUGAAAUCUUCCCAAGAGUCUCUUGAAAUUUUGUCAUCUAACUCUGAAUAUGUCAAAAAUUCUCUUUCUGCCACAGGCAGUCUGAAAUCCUCUAUAUCUGGUCCAAGGGUUCUUGGACAUAUGCUAGCUGGCAAACAGCCUGAACAACUUUCUAUAUAUGAACAGGGGUCUCUGGUUAAUUCAAAGUCUACCCAAGAGGCUCAAAAACACUUAGCACCUUUAAUAGGGAAUUUGAAACCUUUACAAUCUGCCAAGGAGGGACUCAAAACUUUGAUAUCACCACAAAUUGUUUUGGAAUGUGCUCCAAGUAGUUCAGAUGAUCUAGAAGCUUUAUCAUCUGCUCUGGAACAAAUGAAAAUUUCCUCAUUAGCAAAUGAGUCACUAGAGAACUCACAAUAUGCUGGAAGUGUUGGGGAAUCUUCUUCUGCCACAGGAGAUUUAAGACCUACAUUAUUUGCCCAAAAGUCUUUGGAAAAUUCUUUUCCUGGAAAAGGGAUUAGGGAAACAUUGUCAUCUUCCCAAGGGGCUUUGAAAAUAUUAUCAUCUACAAAAGGGAGAGUUGAAAAUGUGUCAUCUUCUGAAAGGUCAAUGAAAUCCACAUCUUCCCACAAAGCACAGGACUCUUCUUAUCAUCAUGGGUCUGUAGCACAAUCCCCAUCUGUCCCAGGAGAAACACAUUAUCUCUCUGCCCAGGGAAUAUUGAAAAAAUUGUCAUCUUCCCAAGUUACUCCAGAAACAUCAUCUUCUCUCCAGAGAGAUAGAGAAGGUUCAUUAGAUGUGCAUGGUGCUCAGCAACUUCAACCUCAUUCCUCAGGGUAUCUGGGACAUUCCCAAUGUACUCCUAAUUCAUCAGAAACUUUGACAUCUCCCCAAAUGGUUUUGAAAUGUUCAGAAUCUUCAUCCAUGACUCUAGAAACGUUGCCACCUCUCCCAGAAACUCUACGCGAUUCAAUAUCUGCCCAUAGUGUUCUGUUCCCUUCUGAUUCUGACCAACAGAUUCAGGAAUCACCAUCAUCUCUCCAAAAAUUGGUUCAUUUUUCUCCACCUUCUAAUGGCUCACUGAGACCUACUCCAUCUGUACUAGGUACCACCCAAUCUUUAUUAUCAGCCCAAUUGUGCCCAAAAUUGUCUAUAUCUUCCCAAGUGUUUCUAGACUCUUCCCCACCACAGCAAGAGUAUUUAGGAGAUUCAUUAUCUGUGCAAAGGGCUCUUGGAACUUCCAUAUCAGCACAAAAGUUUGUAGGACAUUCAAAAUCUGAGCAAAAGUCUCCAGGAAUGUUCACAUCUUCUGAAGAGGAUCCAGGCACUUCUUUAGCCCAAGAGGUUUUAGAGAAUUCAUCAUCUACUCCACAAGAUUUUGGACUUUCUCGACCUUCAAAAGAUACUAUAGGAACAUCACUAUCACUAUCUACAAAAGGGGCUAGGAAAACUCAAACAUCUGCCCAAGGGUCUAUAGUAAGUUUACCAUCAGCUCAAAGCUUUCUAGAAAUUCAGACUUCUUUGGAGCAGCCUCUGGGUACUUCCCAAUUUGCUUCAGAGACAAAAGAACCUUUGCCAACUUCUGAAGAGAUUUAUAGUACUUUGAAAUCUCUCUCAAGGUGUCUAGAAACUUUGACAUCUAUUAUAAAGACACUGAGUUUUUCAACAUUUGCCAAAGGCACAGCAGGCCCUUCUAUAACUGACCAAGGGAUACUGAGAUCACCAACAGUUUCCCACAAAUCUCUGAAAUUUUCUCAAUCUGAACAACAGUCUAUGAAAACUGCCUCAUCUCAAAUGGGACCUGAUAGAACUUCACUAACAGAAAAAGGUUUACAAGAAAUAUAUUCAUGUGAAAAAGUGACUUUACAAGAUUCACCCCUGCAGCAAAUCUGUUCAGGAAAUGCAUUGUCUACACAAGGGACUCUAGGACUGUCCAUAUCAGCACAAGAAUCUCUGAGACAUUCACCCUCUGCUCAAGGGUCUCCAGAUACUUCCUUUUCACCUGAAGAGGCUUCAGGCACUUGUUUGGACCAAGGGAUUUCAGGGCAGUCAUUGUCAUUAUCAUUACCUAAUCUAGGAGAUCUUGGACUAUCUGAAUAUUCACCGGGGCCUCUAGAAAUAUCACCAUCUAACCAUAGCACUGUAGGAAUGCUGUCUUCUACUCAUCGGAUUAUAGAAACUUCACCACCUGCCCAAGAUUCUCUAAGACAUCUGCUUCCUUCAGUGCAGAUUCUACAAAAGGCUUCCCUUAUGACAGAGACAUCAGAACCAUCGUCAUCUACCAAAGAGGCUUGUAAUGUAACAGACUCUUCCCCAGGAAGUUCAGAAACUUUUCAAUCUACCCCAGGAUCUCUGGAAAUUUCAUUCUCUAACCAAACUACUAUAGCUAUAGCACCAUCUGUAUUUGAAAAAGAAAUUUUAGGAUCAUCAGUAUCUCUGGAGGAAUCCUUGGAACAUUCCCCUCCUGAGCAAGGGUCUCUGAUACCCACUCCACCUGCACCUGGGACUGGGUCAUUCUCCCCCUCAGAACAAGAUUGUCAGGAAAUAUCUUCAGGUGUACAAGGAGAUUCACCCUCUCAGCAAGGCUAUACAGAAAAUUCAUUGCAUUCACAAGAGGCUCUGGGACUGUCCAUGCCUUCAGAUGGACAUUCACCCUCUGCUCAAGGGUCUCCAGAUACUUCCUUGUCACCUGAAGAGGCUUCAGGCACUUGUUUGGACCAAGGGCUUUCAGGGCAGUUAUUAUCAUUAUCAUUAUCUGAUCUAGGAGAUCUUGGAGUAUCUGAAUAUUUACAGGGACCUCCAGAAACACCACCUUCUACCCAUAACAUUCUAGAAAUACCAUCUUCUACUCAUGGUAUUAUACACACUGCAUUACCAGCCCAAGAUUCUCUAGGACAUCUGCCUCCUUCAGUGCAGAUUCUACAACAGGCUCCCCUUAUGACAGAGACAUCAGAACCUUUGCCAUCUACCAAAAAGGCUUAUAAUGUAUCAGACUCUUCCCCAGGAACUUCAGAUACUUUGCCAUCUACCCCAGGAUGUCUGGAAAUUUUGUUCUGUGACCAAAGUACCAUAGGACUGUCUGUAUCUGAAAAAGUAAUUUUAGGACCAUCAGUAUCUCUGGAGGAAUCCCUGGGGCAUUCUCCUUCUGAACAAUGGUCUCUGAGACCCACUCCACCUGCAUCUGGGACUGGGUCGCUCUCCCCCUCAGAACAAGGUUGUCUGGAAAUAUCUUCAAGUAUACAAGGAGAUUCACCCUCUCAGCAAGGCUAUACAGGAAAUUCAUUAUAUUCACAAGAGGCCCUCAGACUGCCCAAAUCAGCACAGGAAUCAUUCGGACAUUCAUCAUCUGCUCAAGGCUCUCCAGAUAUGUCUUUGUCAUCCCAAGAGGCUUCAGGCCCUUCUUUGGACCAUGCGUCUUUAGGAAAGUCAUCAUCUGAAGCAGGAAAUCUUGGACUUUCUGACUCAGAUCAGGAGAUACUAGAAGCUCCACUAUUUACCCAAAGUAUUUUAGAAAUGCCAUCUUCUAACAAAGGGAUUACAAAAACUUCAACAAUUUCCCAAGAUUAUUUAGAACAUCUGCCUCCUUCAGUGAAGACUCUGCAACCUUCUGUUAUAUCAGAAACCUCAGAACCUUUGCCAACAGUCAAAGAGGUUUGUAAGACUUCAGAAUCUGAGUCAGGUGCUCUGGAAUCUUUACCAUCUUUUUUAGAGGCUCUGAGACAUUUGACCUCUGACCAAUGUACUCUAGGACCUUCAUUACAUGAUCAAGGAAGUCUGCAGCCAUCAACACCUCUCCAUGAGACUCUUGGAAACCUCAAACCAUCCCAAGGGGUUCUAGAACCUAUGCCAUCUACCCAAGAAGGUGUAGGAACUUCUUUUUCAACGGAGGUUUGGGGAUUGUCCACUUGUGCACAUGACGACUUUAUUCCAAUUCCUUCUCAUGGUGACUGUCUGAGAUAUUCCUCUUAUCCUAAUAAAAGCCAUAGACAUUUCAAUUCUACCAAAAAAAUACCAAGGCAUGCUCCAUUUCCUGAAGGAGAUAUCAGAUAUUCACUUUCAGAACUAGAUGUCUUAAGAUCAUCUUCUGCCAAAAGUAGGCUCACAUCUUCCAUAUAUGUCAGAAAGAACUCAAGUUCUACCUCUACUCCUCCAAGGAGUGUCUCACCCCCAGAAUCAUCAGAAUUGAACUUCAGAUCUAGUUCCCCUUCUAGAAAAUAUUUCAGAUGUUCUCCCUCUCCACAAGGUGGCUCCAGACAUUCAAAAUCAAAGAAAACAAAAUCAAAACAUGAUUCUAAAGAAUCAUGCCUCAAAUCUGUCCCAUCAGAAGAAAAAGGGUUGAAAUUUCACCAUUCUCCCAAAAAGGAGGGCAGAGAUACAGUUUCUAACAAAGUUAAUGCAAGGCCUAAAAGUGAUCCCAAAAAGAGCCCCACUACUACUUCUGCUAAGGGAGGUUGUAGAUCCUCCCGAUCUCAUGAGGAGGUCCUCAAAUGUUCUCCAUCUUCCCAAGGCAGCCCUAGAUGUUCCAGAUCUUCCAAAAUCAAAUUGGAACAGGUUCCCUCUAACAAAACAGAUGUUCAUGUUUCCCAUUCAGAACAUGAGGUCUGCAAACUACACUUUUUGUCCAAAACAGAGUCCAAAAAUUCAUCCUCCAAAAGGGACCAGAAACCAAAAGCUACUCCUCAAGAAUGCAUAGAAUCUUCCCUCUCUAUGGCAGGCUGCAGAUCCUCACAGUCUCAUGAGGAGGGCGGCAGAAGUUCUGCAUCACCCCAAGGCAAUCAUCGACAUUCCAGGUCUAUCAAAACUAAAUUGGAACAGGCCCCCUCUAACAAAGUAGAUGUGCAUGCUUCCCAUACAGAACAUAAGGGCUGUAAGAAUCUCCCAUUGUCACAAAGAGGAUUUAGACAUGCUUCAUCUGUCAAAAGGGACAAGGAACCAAACGCUACUCCCCAAGAGAGCAUAGAAGCUUCCACGUCUGCAGAAGAGGACAUAGGAACUACUCCCUCUCAUGAAGAGACUCUCAGACAUUCUAUCUCUCCUCAUGAGACUUCCAGCCUUACUUCUUCUUCUACCAAAACAAGACUCUGGCAUUCCCCUUAUACUCAAGAAGUCAUCAAAACUCCCAGUGAGGCCCAACAAAGCUUCAGGUCAUCUCCAGAUGGAGACAGUCCCACUGGGAGUGUCAAGUCUUUCUCAUCACCCGAAUGCAAUGAUGUCAGACAUCCUGUUUCUACAAAGGAGGACUUUAAACACACUCUUUCUGUUCAAGAGGGACAGAAACCUUCCACUGGUGCCAGAGAGGGGAGUGGGGCAUGGAUUCCUGUACAGUGGGGACUCAUAUAUUCACCAAUUCCAAAAGCGAGUGCCACAUCAUUCCCUGUUAUCCAAGGAAAUUUCAGACAUAGUCGACCUCAACUAGCAGACCUGAGAUCUUCCCUUUCUUACCAAGGAAGAGACACAGGCUUCCAAUAUGAACAUGGGACCCCCAUAUGUAACCCUUCUGUCCUAGGAGGCCACAGAUAUUCACGUUCAUUCCCAUGCAAUCUCCGAAGGAUCCCCUUGCCAAAAAAGAGCCUUAGCUCUUACCUCUGCCCUCAAGAAGGCACCAGGUCUUCUCAGUGUGACCAAACGGGCCUCAGACUUUCCUGUGGCCACCCCAUCCAAGGCAGCUUUAGAAUGUUUCAAUCUGAAAGAGAGAGCCUCAAGAAUAGCCCAUCUAAAACACUGAGCCUCAGAUUUCCUCCUUGUCACCAAAGGGAAUACAGAAAUGUGCCCUCUAAUGUAGAGUGGGUUAAAACUUCAAUUUCUGCCCCAGGAAGCCCACAAUACAAUCCUUCUGCCCAUGGAGGCUUCAAACCUUACACACCUGUCAAACUGAAGUUCUAAAAAUGCUCAUCUCAAGAGGGAAUACUCUCUGUUAUCAUGCCAUCUUUAUAUCAUCUUAUGCACAGGCCAGCCUCAUAUUUUUCUACUCUGUGUCUCACAUAAACCACAUGAGUUUAUAACUUUUCCUACUCAUCAAAAACCCGUUAAACCUUGAAUUUCCAUUCCCGGCUAUUCCAGAUGUACAUUGAGGCAUCAGAUUGGUUCAUUUGACUAUAAAGAAGGCAGGCAUUUUCCAUCUGAUUAUUAAUAGGUCACAGUUUCUACACAGAACAUGAUAAACAAUCUAUUACCCACUGAGAAUAGCAUGUGCUUAUUCUGACUAAUGUUGCCCGAGACUUACUUCAUAUGGUUUAGCGGGUGACAGAUUAACUCCCUCUGUCUAAGAAGUUCUGAGUGUUUCUUAUUCUAAUCAUCUGACUUCAAAGCCUCUGUCCAAAAAUAAAACUACCCUGGUGCCUGAAGUUUUAGAGCGUUAGAACAUCCAGCAGUGCCCUAAACCCAGUAUAUAUGCCUUAACUUGAUCAGGAGAAAUAAAAAAAUGAAUAAAUCACAGGAACAGAAGUAGUUAACUGAUUUGGUCCAGAGACAUUGCCUCCUAGCAUGUUGAAGACUGAUCACACUGCUGCCUGCACUGCAAGACAUGGAUAUUCUACAUUCCCAUGAAGAUUGAUCAGGAAAUGUUCAGACUUCUUUAAUUCCCAAAUUGACUCUUGAUAUUCCAUGCUUCCCACAAGAGUCUUUGACCUUUCUGCAUUCCCCAAAAUAGCAUAAGGCUUUCUGUCUCUAAAAACAGAAAAUUUUGUACUCAAAAUUCCGUUUCUCUGGAUGCUUCAUUCUCAUUCUGUACAGAGGUUCUCCAAUAUUAUUUUCUGACAAAGGGGCCUCAGACUUAUUCCUUCAGGCCCAGGAGGACUCAUCCUUUGCCCCAGUGACUGAAGUGGAGCUCAAAUUAUUUUCCAGGACUCACUGGGUGCUCAGGCACAACUCUUCUGAACCAGGAUGCAGAAUUCACUCCACCAAUUCUCAAGAAGGCUAUAGUCCCACCGCAACAGAACCAAAGCUCUUUAAAACAGAUGUAUGAAUGAAAGGAGCUUCUGACCUCUCCUUCAGCACUGGGGGGUCUCAGAUCUUUUCCAAUGGCCAAAGUGGCCUCAGUCUUUUUUGUCUAUAUUGAAAGUAACUCAUAACUUUUAUCAGUAAACUUAUUACCUGUCAACAACAAAAGCUUCAGUCUGCUCCACUUCAGGGUUCAAGGGAAGAUUGACACACCUUUCCUUUGAGAACCAGGAGACCUCAAACAUUCUCUAAUUGCCCAAAUGGACCUCAUAUUUAUAACUUCAUAACAAGGGUUUUGUGCACAUCCUCAAUGCUGAAGGGAGCCUGAGAUGUAAUGUGAGAAGCAAAGAUGUCUCAGACUUCCCCAAUGCUCCAAGAAGACCAGAAAUACAAACCCUUUAGAAUUAAUGAGCCAUAGAAUUUCUUCUAAAUUACACUGGAGAGUAAGAUUCAUUCCUGAACCAGGACAGUUCAGACCUCCAGCUACCAACUCCAUCAUGUAUUAGAUAUACCCCUCAAAAUUAAAUUAAUUCACUAAUUGAGGAAGCUUACACCUUGAUGCACUAUCAUCUCAAGAGGGUUAUAAAUUUAUUUCCUUCAACCACAGUAAACCCUGAUUUUUCAUACUUUGUCAAAGGAGGGUUUCUCUAACAUGAUGUCUUUGAACAAGAAAACAUAGCUUCCUUUGUCUCUACUGGAGGAGUCUGAGACAAACCCUUUUGAUGAAGUAAGCUACAGAACCGGCCCUGUGACUGAAAAAGGUCUCAAAAAUUCAGACUUGGUUGACAGGUACUUGAGAUUGACUCCCUAUUAUCAGGAAAACAUAGGAACUUCUCUUUGUGUUCAUGGCCUACUCAGGUCUAACAAAUAACUAAUAGAGACUACAGCGUGUCAUUCAGAACUGGAUGGCCAGUAAAUACACUUCUGACCACCAAAAGAACCUCAUGGAACUCUACAUUGAAGUUGCAUGGCAGAAGAAUAAAAAGUACCCUGGAUCUAAGAUCAUCUGUUUUCAUGCUGCACACCAGAUAUAUGCCUGUCCUCCAUGUCUACACCUGUGCAGCCUAUCCACAGUUUAAGUAGGGAACAGACCUAGGGACUAUAAUUCAACUUGUAAGAAGAACCAUCUGACUGUCAUUACGCCUCAAAAGGAGUCCUCAGAGAAAAGAAUUUUCCAGAGUUCACUGAAGAAUUGGAGCAGGACUAGCAAGUUCCGUGGAUCUCCUCCUCUACAGCAGAUUCAGCUAAAGAUAUGGAUAUUCUAAACUAUGAAGAAGAGUUAUAUGGUUAAGCAAUUCUAGGAGCUUAUGAGUGGUGUCAGACCAAGAGUGCAUUAUACUACCAAGUCAAGCAAGUAUCAGACAUUCAUGGUCUUCCCUGAAGCUGAACACAACCUUGAGGAAACAUCAAUGCUUGCAUAACCACUUAGCCUGUUGGAAGAUUGUUAUGAGAUUUGCCUUAGACUCUCAAAGAUUUCACACUGGAAAUCAACUGACCCCAUCACUGCUGCCCAUACACGGAUUAUGAAAACAACCUCAAAAAAGAGGAAACCUAGCUGUUGAUAGCCAUCCAGGCACACUGAAAAAUGGUCUUGCUGCUGCCUGAACUCUCCAAGACUCAACACAAGAUGAGCAAGCUCUAAAGAAGAGUUGGAAGCUGAAGUGCAGUAAAGGGACCUUCCUUCACUGAAUAAGUUGAUGCAAUACAUGGAUCAUGGAAGUUGGAAACACAGUAGGAAGCAAAUGAUGCUGAACCAUACCACUCAAGUUAAACUAGCAUUUUCUCUUCUGCACAAUGGGGUGAGUGGAUCUCGCUAUUUGGUCAAACAUAGUCAGGCACUUUUUCUAUAAGAAACACAGUUCAGAUUUACCUCAGAAGUUUCCCAUCUGAAUAUGGGUUUCCCAAACUGUUCCUAUUUUCAAGGCAUCUCACACUGUACCUUUUUGAUGACUAAUUAUCAGAAGACCACUUUGAUUAAAGUAGCUGUCAGGCCCUUCUGCUAUAACAAAUAAUACCCAAGGCAGUCCCUCUCAGUUUAAGGAAAUUCAUAAGAAUACCUGGUUUUUAUAAAAGUCAUCUCAGAAUUUCCAUUUUUCUCAAGGUGACCAGGAUCAAUGGAUCCUCAGAUCACCCC